AGGAGCUCAAUUGGGUACAGCAGUUAUGCUGAUGUCAGCAGGCUUCUUGGCAGACUAUAGGGGCUGGGCCGCCAUAUUUUACUUUGUUGGUACAUGUGGAGUCAUCUGGACCCUCAUCUAUAUGUUUAUUGGAGCAGGAGAACCUCAGAACUCGAAGUUGAUAAGUGAAGAAGAGAAGUUGUAUAUUCAGACUUCUCUUGGUCAAGUUGGAGGCAAGAAGUCACUUCCAACGCCAUGGAUGUCACUGUUGACAUCCAUGCCCUUCAUUAGUCUGAUCAUCGUCCACUGUUGUCAACACUGGGGAUUCUGGACUCUAAUGACUGAGAUACCGUCUUACAUGAGCCAAGUUCUCGGAGUCAAUAUCAAAGCGAAUGGCGUAUUGUCGGCCACCCCUUACAUCGUGAUGUUCAUCCUCAGCUUUCCCGCUGGCUUCAUAUCUGAUCAUGCCCUCGCUAAGGGCUGGGUCAGUACUAAUGCUGCCAGGAAGAUUAGCAAUAGCAUCGGUUUCAUAGGCCCAGCGUUGGCCUUGAUUGGAUUAGCAUAUGUGCCAGCUGGUAACAUAACCCUAGCAGUCGGUAUACUGUCUGCCGUGGUGGGACUCAACGCGGGACACUACACUGGCUUCAUGCUAGUUCAUCUGGACAUGGCGCCCAAUUUUGCGGGGACUAUGCUUGGCAUCACGAACGGCAUUGCGAACAUUGUCUCCAUUAUUGCACCACUAGCCGCUGGAGCUAUUAUAAAAGACGAGACUGACGCGGGAGAAUGGCGGAAGGUGUUCUACCUGUCCUCAUUUAUAUACAUCUUCGGAAACACCAUCUACCUCAUUUUCGGAAGCAGUGUUCGGCAGUCGUGGAACGAACCGAAGACAGAGAAAAACAUCGAAAAUGCCACUGAUGCUGAAAAAACUGAAAAAGUAAUAUAA